AUGUCAGCGGAUGGCAAAAAUGCAUUCUUGGUCGUUGAAACGCGCGAUACAGAUGAAUUGAUUGGAUAUGGAGGGUACAACACUUCUGAAUCUGUCGACCCGCCCGACGUACAGGGAAGCAAAGCGUACAUGACGGACAUCGGCAUCAUAAUCGAUCACAAACACUGGCGCAAGGGCUAUGGCCUGGUGUUGAUCAGCGUCCUCAUCGAGUACGCCAAAAACGAGCUUGGAUGUCAAGUUUUCAGAGACGGGCGAUGA